AUGUCGCUAUCAAUGGAAGAGUCCUCCGUGCCUGAUCGCUUUGGGGUGACCAUCGAGUAUCUCCCUCCAUACAACGUACCUACGCGCUCAUGGGAGUUGAAAAUAAGCAGAGGCGAUAGUCUGGCGACGGCCAAGCUGACAGACCCAUUCACCGACAUCGAUGAGGAGGACCUCCAAUGGGCUCUAGAGGAGUAUGCGUUGAGUCAGCCUUUCGAGAAGGGAAGGGCCGUCAAAGUUCACGGAAAGAUUGCCGACUACGCGCGAAAGUUGUUUGGGCAGCUUCGCGAGUCUAUCUACGCCGUCCUGCCGGCUGGGACAGUCGACAAACCUAUCGUUCUGCUGAUAACGGCACCACCUGGCCAAGGAUCUCUGCACCGUAUCCACUGGGAGUCUCUCGAGUAUCUAGACGAGGCCAAGAUCUUUAUCCGCAGGCAAAUUGGCAGCCCACAGACUGCCGCCCCAAUUGCUUUCCCUCUUGCGGCCCGAAAGAAGAUUCGUCUUCUUUUGCUCACCGCAAGAAGCAUCACAGACGAGGAGGAGGAUGUCUCCUACACGUUGGUUUCGCGAGUGGUGUCCCGCAUCAUCACAGCGCUUCCCGACUCUGCGCAAACGACACUACAUCUCGUCCGUCCAGGCACCUUUAAUGCCUUAAAGCGUGCUCUAAAGGACAACUCUGACCCGGACGCGUCGACGAUAGUUCAUUUUGACUGUCAUGGAUCAGUGUCGAACCAGACGUCAUAUUUGAGCUUCCUAUCAAAGGACGACAACGGCCACCUUUUACUCGUCGAUUCCAAACGGAUCGGAAAACUAUUAGUCCAGAACAACGUGUCUAUGGUCAUCAUGAACGCAUGUGACUCGGCCCGAGCUGGUCAUGGAGUUUCGGCAGAUCUCGCAGCCGCCCUCCUGCAACAGGGCAUACCAUAUGUCGUGGGAAUGAGGAAGAAACUCCUAACCUCUUCGGCACCUCCACUCUUGGAGCACCUGUACAGGAAUCUCUUUCUUUCGAGAAUGGAUCCCUUCUCAGCAAUGUACCAGACGAGGCGCCGACUCCACGCCAUCAGAACCAGAACCGCAGUGCUAUCAGUCGAAGUGGAGGUGGACGACUACCUCAUUCCUGUUCUAUACGAGCAGGAUAUACAAAUUGACACGUCUUCCAUCCUGCCGGCGGGUACUGGUGCGGCGGCUAUGGCCCUCGGAACUUCGCGAGACAAGCUUGGACAUGAACCCCGAACAGUAAUGGUUGGAAGAGACUUUGACCUCCUUCGGGUAGAGACGACCUUGACGCUGCAAAGCAACAUAAUCGAGUUGACGGGCAUGGUGGGCUGCGGGAAGACGCAUUUUCUCCAACACGCGUCUCGUUGGUGGAAGGCUACAAACUUCAUCGACGCUGUGCUGUGGCACGACAAGCCCGGGAAGCUGACGCCAUUUUCAGUUGCUUGCACCAUCCAUAAACAGGCCAAUAUCAAAGCGAGCUCUGACCAGCUCAAUUCAGAUCAGCUGAUUCAAGGAGCACUCAAAUGGGUGAACGAAAACAGAUGCCUCCUCGUCAUCGACCAGGCAGACCAGCAGAUCUCAAGCAUGGACGAACAAGAGAAGAAAGACUUGAUCGAAUUCCUCCAACAGAUUGAUGACAAGUCCUUUGUUGUAAUUGCCCUCGGCAAAUGGAAUGAGAUUACUUUGGACUUCCCACCUCUCGAACUGCGAACUCUCAGUGACAAUGCGACGCACGAACUUACUCUGGCUACGGCCAAGUCGCGGAGGACAUUCGAUCUGAAGACGGCCUCUGACCGAGCCUUCUUCCAGGAAUGCAUGGCAAUCACCGGAAACCUCCCUCUCCUGGCGGUCAUGACAGGCAAUUGGCUGGGAACACACCUAGACGCCACCACCGAAACUGUCUUCACCAAGCUCGUGUCUGGCGGGGGCUUCGAGGCGCUGCAGGCCCAUCCUUCUGCAAGGAGGCUGGUGGACUAUCUCAAGUCUCGACUUGCUAGUCUGAGAACGAAUGGAGAGCGAAUUGCCCUUCUCUCGCUGGUUACCAACAUAAGGCGCCUUCGGAAGUCCUCCGACCAUCUUCGGGAGAGGCUUGUUCCCCUCGGUCUUCUCCCGGAGACUCCAGCCCCGUUUGGGGAUACGCAGCUGGGCUUGCUGAUGAACACCUUGUUCUCGGGGGUAUCACCUAAUCUACCCUUCCAGGCCGGGGGUUAUCGCGAGUGGAUGGAUCUCAUCAGUAGCCUUCGAAACGACGGGCUCAUCUUCGACCACGAUGACGUCUAUUGGUCGGUGCAUCCCCUUCUGCCCUUCACUUUGCACCACAUCCUACAGCUUCCAGAAUUCAAGCCUCUACUUAGUCUGGAACGAGCCUACGAGGCUUUCCUUGGGCAAUACCGCUCAGUGAGCGAGACGUGGAUGGCCGAAGACCCGCGCAGCGUCUUGCUCGGUAUUGGAUCCAGCCCGCAAGCCUACCCCGAUAAAGCUGCCCGGGUCCUGCAAGAAGACUUCCUGAAUUGCUACUCAGCUGUCAGGAUUUGCAUUGACCGGGGCCCGAAGCGCUGGGACGAUGCAAUGCCAUGGCGCCUGAUACAAUUUGCCGGCGAGCUUAUACCGUUCCCUCCACCGGGAUUUAGCAACUCGAAGCGCCUUCUCCUCGUGGACCUCGUGAAGCGGUAUCUGGCGCAGUAUGACCGGACAUCCAUAACGUACUUUUGGAAGUUGACUUACAGACAUCACAUGGAGCUGGUGGGCAAAAGGAAACGUGUCAACGGGGACUCUUGCUUCUCUGCCCGUACGGCCGUCGUCGGCUCGCUGGCGCUAAGCCGGUACUACUUUUUCAGAAGCGACUCAUCUGAUGAUUUCCACCGCCAGCUGAACAAGACGGAGAGUCUAUUCAAAGGCUUCAGUAUCUGGUUUUCGCAGGAUGUGACUGACCAGGACGUCCUCGACAUGGCAGGACAAAUCCAAUUGCUCUCGUCUCUGGCAUCACUCAGUGGGCAAGAUUGGCCUGACCUGGAGUCUGCUGCGGCGAAGCUCGAAGCAGCGACCAACAACUUCUCGACAUCAUCUCCUUCAGACACGAUGGGACAAUUAGGUCUGGCGACGUCUAGGAUGCUCUCUGAACUUGUUUCACUAGCCAAUGCGAAUCAAGGUGCCCAACCUGCUUCAGAACAAUCGGUCACAAUACUGUCCAGACACACCCAGGAAAUAGGGAGACUGUACGACGCCUGUCGUGAGGACUACCGCCAGCCCGCUCCAUCUUUCUCCUCCUUGAUGGGCUUGAGCCAAGGGGACUCGGCCGCAAUCCAGAAUGUUCAUCCUAGCACCGCUACUGACUUCUUGAGUAUGUCCAUGCCUCUGGGCGGCAUGAAUAUGGCUCUCGAUUCCACACUAAUUAGCAAUCUCGGCAAACUGCAAGAGCUCGGCGAUGAAGACGGGCAAGUCAAGACGCUGGUCGGGUUGGCCCAAGGGGCGCUACAGGAGGAAGACUGGGCCAACGCGCUGGUGCUUCUGCAGACGACCAUCAAUUUGCUUCGCGAUAGUGAGCCGGGACUGUUCUCCAAGUCCCGACAGGUACGAAAUGGCAAGGAACUCCAGCUAGCCGUACUAUUCAACUGGGCAGCAUGGGCAGCCGGCAACUUGGACAAGACGGUCCAGUGUCAGGAGUAUCUGAUGAAAGCGUACUCCCUUUGCAGUUUCGAAGGAAAUUCCCCAACACACCGGGUCUUCCUCCUCACGAUCCUGAACGGACUGUUGCACUAUGGCGGAGAACCGAUUCCGGGACGACAGUGUCAUCCGCUCGCUUUCAACUGGCUCGUUGAGCUUGCCAUGAUCCGAUACGAUCGCAGUCUAACAAAGACCAUCACGGCUUCCCUCUUCAACCUCGGCCAACGAGACGCCGAGAGAGAUGUUGGCGUGAAGGCGUGUGAGCAAAUGCUGGAGGAAGAAAGGGACGGCACCAUCUUCGAGCGUUUAUAUCUGUGUUUUCUGUCCACCAUCUUUGUCCAGACGUCAGAAGACGAGCGGAUGGAAAGACUGACAUUCAUCUUGGAAGCGACUGGGGCUCCAAUAGAGCAACUCGGGAUGUUCCUAAAAGACAUUUCCAGUGCCCUAGUGGCGCACAUGGACGAGAUAACUGCCAGGGCUGGGAGAGGGGAAAACGAGCCCUUGUAUAGGGAGGCAGAACGCGUCCUCUUUGGAAAAGACGAGGACUGCACUGGCUUCACCUUCCUUGUGAAGUGGGAGCGGAAGUCCAUGACUUCUAUUUUUUCCCUUGUAGUAACGGGGCUUAGCAGUCAGGCUGAUAGUACUGUGUCCGCUAAAUAUCAUCUAGAGUGCACGUUGAAAUUCGGUAUAUGUGAUGAGUCACUGAGGAAGUAA